AUGGGUGACUACUCGAAAGCACUUGAGUUUUACGAAAAAGCACUUAAAAUCGACGAAAAAGCUCUACCUCCGAAUCAUCCCUCAUUGGCUACUUCCUACGACAACAUCGGCGGAGUGUAUAGCGAUAUGGGUGACUACUCGAAAGCACUUGAAUUUUACGAAAAAGCACAUCAAAUUCGCGAAAAUGCUCUGCCUCCGAAUCAUCCCAAUUUGGCUUCUUUCUACGACAACAUCGGUCAAGUGUAUAAGAACAUGGGUGACUACUCGAAAGCACUUGAAUUUUACGAAAAAGCACAGGAAAUCUUCGAAAAAGUUCUGCCUCCGACUCAUCCCGAUUUGGCUAUUUCCUACAGCAACAUCGGUGGAGUGUAUAAGAACAUGGCUGACUACUCGAAAGCACUGAAAUUUCACGAAAAAGCACGUACAAUAAGAGAAAAAGCUCUGUCUCCAAAUCACCCCUCAUUGGCUACUUCUUACAGCAACAUCGGUGGAGUGCAUAACGGCAUGGGUGACUACUCGAAAGCACUUGAGUUUUACGAAAAAGCACGUAAAAUCGACGAAAAAGCUCUACCUCCGAAUCAUCUCGAUUUGGCUACUUCCUACGACAACAUCGGCGGGGUGUAUAGCCACAUGGCUGACUACUCAAAAGCACUUGAAUUUUACGAAAAAACACAGAAAAUCCUCGAAAAUGCUCUGCCUCCGAAUCAUCCCAAUUUGGCUUCUUCCUACGACAACAUCGGUCAAGUGUAUAAGAACACGGGUGACUACUCGAAAGCACUUGAGUUUUACGAAAAAGCACAGAAAAUCUUCGAAAAAGUUCUGCCUCCGACUCAUCCCGAUUUGGCUAUUUCCUACAGCAACAUUGGUCAAGUGUAUAAAAACAUGGGUGAUUACUCGAAAGCACUUGAAUUUUACGAAAAAGCACAUAAAAUCCGCGAAAAUACUCUGCCUCCGAAUCAUCCCAAUUUGGCUUCUUCCUACAACAACAUCGGGCAAGUGUAUAAUAACAUGGGUGACUAUUCGAAAGCACUUCAAUUUCACGAAAAAUCACUUAAAAUAAAAGAAAAAGCUCUACCUCCGAAUCAUCCCUCAUUGGCUACUUCUUACAGCAACAUCGGUCAAGUGUAUAACCGCAUGGGUGACUACUCGAAAGCACUUGAAUUGCACGAAAAAUCACUUAAAAUAAAAGAAAAAGCUCUACCUCCGAAUCAUCCCGAUUUGGCUACUUCCUACAACAACAUCGGUCGAGUGUAUAACGACAUGGGUGACUACUCAAAAGCACUUGAAUUUUACGAAAAAGAUCUCGAAAUCACGAAAAAAGCUCUGCCUCCGAAUCAUCCCGAUUUGGCUACUUCUUACAACAACAUCGGUAUGGCGUAUUCCGGCAAAGGAGACUACUCAAAAGCACUCUCAUUCUUAGAAAAGGCACUUGGUAUCCGACAAAAAUCACUUCCGCCAUCACAUCCUAAAAUUCAACACACGAAAGAUAAUAUUGACUAUGUAAAAAAGGAAAUGUAA